AUGAUCAAUUACAAACUAUCAAAAGAUUCAAUUGGCACAGAUAGGGUAACAAUUUCCGAAAAUCAGUAUACUUUUGGAUACCCUUGUGAUAAUAGCCGAGAAGACUGUACGCCUUAUACUGUCAACCUCAAUAGUGGUACAUUUCUUGUUGAAGCUUGGGGCUCUGCUGGCUCUUUUCAGCAACUUCCAAGCGGCAAUUCGAUUCCUGGCCUUGGAGGAUAUUCCUCAGGCGUGUUAGAAGUAAAACGUUCAUUAACACUUUAUUUGUUUAUAGGUUCUAUUUCCUUUUUUAAUUCCAUGUUUAAAUAUAAACCGAGCUCUAAUGAAUUUUUUGGAAUCGGAGGAGGUUCUUCCGAUGUGAGAUUGUAUGCGAACAAAUCGUUUGAUUGGUCUGACUCUCUCUCCCUUCGCUCGCGUAUCCUGGUUGCGGGCGGCGGUGGAGGCGCUGAGUGGCCUAAUUCUGUUGGCGGGCAUGGAGGCGGCCUUGAGGGAGGGAAAGGCAUCUCAUAUUGUGGCGGAAAUACAUGUCCAAACUCUAUAUCUGGGGGCGGGACUCAGACAUCUGGUGGAAAAGCCGCCCCAACUUAUACAAUUAUGGUCGGAAUUCCUGGAGAAUUUGGUAUCUCCCCGGUGAACUAUAACUCCAAAGAUAUGGGAGGUAUCGGAGGAAAUGGAUAUUAUAGUGGCGGUUCUAUAGAAUUCGGGGGUGCGGGUGGUGGAGGUAGUUCCUUUAUAUCUGGAUAUAAAGGAUGUGUUGCCUUGAAUAGUUCGUUAAAUGAGAAUCCAAGCCCAUCAAGAUCAUCGAUCCAUUAUUCUGGAAUAAGGUUCUAUAAUCCAACAAUGAUUCAAGGAAACAAUAUGAUGCCUCUUUAUUCCGAUUCAGGAUCUGAAAAUCUAUAUGGUGUCGGAAAUAGAAACAAAGGAGCAAUAAGAAUCACCAUUAUUGGCACAAUAAAAUGUUCAGAUAAAUCAUUGUGCCAAAAUUCAUUUUCUUUCCUUAUGCUAAUUCUACCUAGUGCUAUUAUUAGUUGA